AUGCGACCGUUAGGAAAAGCGCUCAAGAUAGCGACACUCGAAGGACGACCAUGGAAACAAGAAUUGAACCGUUUUCUUUUACAAUAUCGUACCACUCCACAUUGCACUACAGGAGUACCUCCAUCAGAACUGUUUUUUAACCGAGUGAUAAAAGGAAAAUUACCAGUUAUAAACAGCAAGAAGAUUGUCAAUCGACAUAAAGAAGCUCGAGAUAAUGAGAAAACACGACAAGAACGCAACCGAGAAUAUGCAAAUCAAACACAAGAAAAAGUGAUCUACAAGUUGGAGAUUAUGUACUGGUUAGACAAGAAAAGAAAAACAAGCUAACUGCGAAUUUUAAUCACAAACCGUAUAAAGUGAUAAAGAAAACUGGUUCAGAGAUACUUGCCCAAAGUAAAGAUGGUCACAUUGUGAAACGGAACGUGUCACAUUUCAAGCGAAUAAAUAAACCACGAGAAGAAGACACUGAUGAUGAAGGUUUCGAUUAUGAAGAAAACUCGCAGGACAAUCAGCCACCCAUCAGUAAUGAAAACAACGAAGUACCAAGAAGAUCAAGCCGAAUUCGAAGACCACCGAAUCGAUACGGACAUGAAUAUCCAUCAAAUCUAAUAAGCUAA